GAGAGAGAGAGAGAGAGAGAGACAGACAGAGAGAGAGAGAGGGAGAGAGAGAGAGAGAGAGACAGACAGAGAGAGAGAGGGAGAGAGAGAGGCUGACGUCCUCUCUCCUUUUCAGUCUUUUUGCUCUGCAGACUCGUGCGUGACCUGCUCCUGGAUUUCCCAUCACUAACUUUCCUUUUUUUUUUGUUGCGGGGUUUUUUCUCUCCAUCUUCUUCUUCUUCGCCGAUUUCACUGUCGCAUCCCUCCUUCCCUCCCGACUCUCUGGAAUGAACAGUUCCCCCGCCUGCGUCGUUUCCAUGCCAGCAUGGGAACUGCCGUGUCCAAAAGGAAGAAUCUGAGAAACGAUGCGAUAUCUUCCGUGGCGGCAAAAGUUAGAGCAGCGCGAGCAUUCGGAGAGAACCUGUCCCACACACACUCUGAAAACCGAAACGGAUCAGCUCAUCUUCUGUGUGAAACCUUGGUGGGUCCUGACCCAGAGUCACCAAGUGACAAGAUUGGCCCCAACAACAACAACCACCACCUCCAUCACUACACCGGCACCACCAAGGGCUGUGGGGACAGCCAAGAGCCCAGCCUGGUGAAACAGCCACUGGGCAAUCUCCAGCCACCUCCCCCCUCCAUCACCAUUUCUACCAAGCCGGCGCGGUUGUCCCUUGAGCGUAGCUUCUCAGCGGAGGAAGACCAGCUGAAGUGUGUCGAGUGCACCCUGCAGCCUGCCCGUGUGUACACCAUCACUACCCAGCACGGUAUGCUGAUGAGCAGCGGCCGGGGCAGCAAGGAGAGCCUAGAACUGGACGUCCUGAAGGAGAAGUCUGGGAGUGGCGGGGUUGGAUCCAGAGGUGGCUUGAUCCAGCCCUCCACAUCCCCUUCUUCCACCUCUUCGUCGCCGACCCAGUACCACCACGCCAGCAGCAGCCGUGGUAGCAGCCACCACCACAGCAACCAUCACCACGGGAUCCACCACCAUGCGCCAUCCAGAAGCGGAGGAAGUAGCGGGGCAAGUGGAAGCAGCAGUGGCAACCAGCAACAGCAGCAGCAGCAGCAGCAGUCUCCAACCGUCGCUGGGUCCCACUCCCAUCAUGGAUCGCACCACUCCCACCACCACCAUCACCUGUCACAACCCCCACUGCAGACCUCCGUCAGUGCCCACAACAUCCGCGGCUGGGGCGAGGGCGGAAAAGGGGAGGCCGAGUGCAGUGGGCUGGCCUGCGACUCGUGCAGCGGCGUCCCCUCGCGGAGCCAGGGCUCCCUGGACCUAGAGAGUGCCCCCCGAGAGGCAGGCAAGCAACACAGACGCCUAGAGCGGAUGUGGAGUGUGGACCGGAUGACUGGGCUGGAGAGAGAGGACACUAACUGGUUCCCUAAGGAAAAUAUGUUCUCCUUCCAAACUGCCACAACAACCAUGCAGGCGAUAUCGGCUUUCCGGGGAUUUGUGCAGAGAAAAAGGAGAGAGAGGGAGCAGGAUUCGGCAGAAAUCAUCCAGAGGAACUUCCGGAAGCAUCUACGGAUGGUGGGCAGCAGAAGAAUGAAAGCACAGACAUUCGCUGAGCGUAGAUCGAAGAGUUUCAACCGUUCCUGGAGUGACCCCACCCCUGUCAAGACUGACUCUCCUCAUGAACCCAGAGACAGCGGAGACCUGCAGACCUCCUGUGGCACCCUGGACGAGGGAGGCCUCGAUGACUCUAUAGACUGGGAGGAGGAGAGGGAGAUGGAGCGGCUCGCCUGCGAGGGAGACGACUUUAUACCUCCCAAAAUCAUGCUGAUCUCAUCUAAGGUCCCCAAGGCGGAGUACGUUCCCACCAUAAUCCGCAGGGACGACCCCUCCAUCAUCCCCAUCCUCUAUGACCAUGAACAUGCAACUUUUGAUGAUAUUUUGGAGGAAAUAGAGAAGAAGCUCACAGCUUACAGGAGAGGUAGCAAAUUCUGGAGGAUGCUGAUCUUCUGUCAGGGAGGCCCCGGUCAUCUCUAUUUACUGAAGAACAAAGUGGCGACCUUCGCUAAGGUCGAAAAGGAGGAGGAUAUGAGCCAAUUCUGGAGGAGGCUCAGUCGCUUCAUGAGUAAAGUCAACCCAGAACCCAACCUCAUCCACAUCAUGGGAUGCUACGUCCUGGGUAACCCCAACGGAGAAAAGCUGUUCCAGAAACUGAAGAAUCUGAUGAGGCCUUAUUCUGUCGAGUUCGAGUCACCGCUGGAGCUGUCUGCACAGGGCAAGGAGAUGAUUGAGAUGUACUUUGACUUCCGCCUCUACCGACUGUGGAAGACACGGCAGCACUCCAAACUCUUGGACUACGAGGAAUUUUUGUGACGAAGACGACCGGGAUGACGGGCGCAGAGGGUGGACCCCUCCGGCGCCACGAGGAGGACCCCCGUUAAAAACUGAUCCAUAUAGACUGAACAUUGCUCGCCUGUAGUGCUCCACCCAUCAGCUCGAUAUAAAAAUCGCCAUACCUGCUUUUCACCGUGGAGAGGGAUGGAAGGAGAAAGGAGGCUGAAGAUGAACUGAACUCUGCUGUGCCGCUGUUCUUCUUCACUUCCAGAGUGUAAGGAUCAAAGACUAACAAAAAAAAAAGGGGCCAAAACAAAGAAAAGGAAAAAGGCAGAGACAGCUGAACUAUCCAUAUCAACUCUUUCUGCUUCGGGAGUUUGAAAGCAAAAGAUGAAUUCAAAUGUGUACAAAAAAGAAAUAUCAUUUUGGUCCCACGUCUGCUGUGAGGACACAUAGUUUUUGAGGUCGUCGGGGAAAAUAAAUAAAUAGCUGAAAGUCAUUCUGUCAUAAUAUGGUUCUGUGUUUUUGACUGGACCGCUCAGAUAAUCUCAGACCCCGGAGACAUUACACAUACAUGAAUAAUCCACAUGCCGAUGUGUGUAUAUAAAUAUAUCAUGAAUAUAUUAGCAUAGCUUUAGUCAUGCAAAUAAUACUCUAUGCGAGAGAAUAAUGAUGCAUCAUUUAUUUUUGAUGUGCAUUGUUGUGCAGUUUCAUAUGGAAAUACUUUGGAAUAACUCAGGUUUUAGCCAUGAAGUAAUUAAUCUGUUUGUCUCUUCUACCAAGAUAUUGUAAUCUCCCAUCGCCAUCGCUUGGAAUGAAUGUAGUAUCUCUCUAGGAACACGGCUUUCGUUUGAGGAAUUGAGCUUCAUGUUUUGGUUGGAAAAUUGGAGAAAAAAAAGUAGAUUGUGCUGAUUUUGUGUGUAUGUGUGUGUGCGCGUUUUUUUUCCAUGUAAAAAAAAAAAGAACAUGCUGAUGUGUUGUGUGUAUUUUUCUCUAUCUGCUCUUCUGCUGCAGCAAAAAGACUUUUCAUAGCCACAGCUUUCUUUCGAUCGCAUUCGCAUAGACACUCUAGUAUGAUUCAUGAUGUCAAGAGGGAUGUAACAGCCAUCCGAGUGCUCCUGCCUCCUGUAGUGUGGGAGUCGCCCUCACGAUCCCUCCUGCUCUUUAGCAGGAGGUUCAGGCCACAUCUCUGGGCCCCCGACAACAAUGUCACCUGCUCCUCACCUCUGCCAAACACUCUUGGCUUCUCCCCGCGCGGCAGCCAAACGAGCUUCCACCGUCCCCCAACCUCCCCGGGCCGAGAUCCAGUCAGAGGACCGGAGCUCUCUGAAUAUUACAGAUCUGCCAGAAGUUAAAGCUGUUAGCUGCCAUCUGCUGCCCCUGCCCGGUGUCAACUAGGUUUUUUCUUUUUUCUUUUAAAAAGGCCAGAAAUGUGUGCUGAGUGUGACCUGAGCUUCUUCAAACAGAUUUGCUCCCAACACAUGCAGACACAUAUACAUUUCAAAGAAUGCUGGAGCUGGGACAGAGGAGACGUCAUUUUUAAAAAACAGAGCUUCAGUUUGCAAAUUGCUUUGUGCUUCUGCAGAAAGCAAGACAGGUGCACGUCUACUCAGUGAGAAAUCAAAACCCUGCAUUCUUCGUGCACCGAUCAGUGCAGCAAGUGGUUUGCUCGUCAGAGUUUGACAUGGUUGCAAAGAUUGACAUCAAUGCGGGCUGAGGAAAGACGUAUCUUCAUACUGAUCAUACUGAGGACUCUAAGCUGACACAUUGUGACGAAAGCGUGUUUGAUCUCCACCUCGGAAAUAAAAACUGAGGCCAGAGUAUUGAGAUUUGAUUGUGCUUUUAGACCAGAGCGCCAGUGUCCCUCUCCUCUUUAUGUGACCGUAGUUUGGGCUGUAGCAGAAGCAACUACUGUAAAAGCUUUGACUUGAGAGGAUUAUAAGUGGUAGCAUCUUUUUUAAAUGAUCUUAAAAAGCAUUUUCCAUUUAUCGCCGACAUCCUGUUUGUUGUCCUGCUUCUUAAUAUUUUCUGAAUGAGGUAGCGAUCCAAGGAGAUUUCUGCUCAGUCACACCACAAAACGCACUGCUCAGACAAUCACAGCAGUGCACAUCUCAAAAUGACAACAGCUCCGGAAAAAAAGAUUUCAGUUGUUAAACAGAUUUCCCUCUGGUCCCGUGGUCCCAGCUCUAACAUGAACCCACACAAACACAUUCAAACAUACAAAGUCAAUGGUAUUCUCCAUUCGUGUGUGUGGGGUAAAUACUUUCCAAUUUGUUAGCGUUUUGUGUGGAUGUGUUAAUAUUUGGAGCUCCGAGUGCAGAAUUUCUUUGUGUUGAAGUCGACCAAUGUCACUGGAGUGUUUCUCCAUUUCUCUACAAGCAGAACCUCGGUUUUCUUCCUAUUAUUUGCUUUUGCCCUCCCUCUGACAUUGCAGUGCCGGCCUACAGUUUGUCCGGCAGAGACAAGUGCUCUCUCCGCCCGAGUCACGCAUUGCAUGCAUUUUCACUACAGAUUGAAAAUUCAGCAUCCACACAAGCCAUCGCAUCGUUGAGCCCCUUUUGAUUCCAGCAGAAGCAUUAAGCUGCCAGAUUCUCAAAAGAUGUUGCCCUGAACAGCUGCUGGUGUUUAAUGGAAUAUUCUUUGCUGGCAAAACUUUUAAGAUCAGAGAAAUGAGACACUGGUCAAUUUUAAGGCAAAGCGGCGAUUGGGGCGAAUCAAUUCAGGAAGUUCUUCUUUGGAAAGGGAACAGUGCGUCUUGUGCCAUAGAAAACAGAAGAAAAAACCUCAUGCAGUCAAAUCCAGAACUUGGUGAUAGUUAAUGGUUUUUGUUUGAAUCUGUUGUGCUGAGAUGACCAUGAUGUGAAGAGCACCCCGACUCAGGAGUUUGAGAGAGCUUUGUUGUUUUCCUCUUCACCAAAAAUCUUAUUAAAGAUGCAAACAUG